AUGUGGUACAACCAGCUCGACCGAGCAUCCGCUCUCAGCGUGGAGAGCUUCGUAUCCUACAAGAUCAGUCCCAUCCUCCUCGCGCGAGAGAUUGCGGUUGUCUGCAGCUCCAGCAUCGACAAGGAUGAGCUUUCCAUCCGGGCGUCGGCAAGCACGCGGGAGAUCGCAGCCGCGUACAGCAAGGACGAGGCGGUGAUGGAGGUGAUUCUCCGGGUGCCGGAGCUCUAUCCUCUCCGCGUGGUGGAGGUGGAGGGAACGCGCAGAGUCGGCAUCAGCGAGGGGAAGUGGAAGAAGUGGGCGCUAUCCAUGAGGACGCUGCUGGACAACAAGGACGGAUCGCUGCUGGAUGCGAUCCUGCUGUGGAAGAAGAACGUGGACCAGGUGUUCGAGGGGGUGGAGGAGUGCCCCAUCUGCUACACAGUCAUCCACAUGGUCAACAACUCGCUUCCCACCCUCUCCUGCCACACCUGCAGGAACAAGUUCCACAGCGCCUGCCUCUACAAGUGGUUCAACACCUCCAACAAGAGCACCUGCCCCCUCUGCCAGACCCCGUGGUACUCAUAG